UAUUCCUCAUCUUCGAAACCCUUUCCUCAACCGCGGGGCGUCCUUGUCUCCUCCUUCUGCCGGCCUGGAGACCCGCUCUUAGCUUUGCAAAUUGCAAUUCGCAUUCGCAAUAAUCAUCUCGCUACCAACCAUUCACCAUUGAGGCAGGCGGCCUGGCAGCCCCCGCCCGCGCGCUCUUCAACACCCUGCUCGGCCUCAUGGGCGGCCGCGGCCAGGCCGUCUCCUCCGGCCCCUCCGACGCCGCCAUCCGCGCCACUCUGGACUACCUGCACACACGCGCCGCCUCCGCCACCACCGUCACCGUCACGGAGGCAGAUGCCGUACGGCCGCUCAUGGAGGUGGUGUGGGCGCCGCUGCUGGGGGCGCUGUCCACGCUGUACGACGAGUACGGCGAUGCGCGGCUGGUGAACACGUGCCUGGCGGGGUUUGCGGCGGCGGCGUGCUUGUCGGCGCAGACCGGCAUGACGCACCUGCGUGACGUCUUCCUCAACGCGCUGAGCAACUUCACGCACCUGCACUCGCCCACCACCAUGCGCCACAAGAACGCGGCCGCCUUCAAGUACAUGCUACUGGUGGCGGAGACGGUGGGGGACCAGCUGCAGGAGAGGUGGGUGGACGUGCUGCGCUGCAUCAGCCGCUGGGAGCUGCUGCAGCAGAUAGCCAGCGGCAUGCCCACGGACGCAGCGCUGUUCAGGCACCAGGACGACGGCAGGGGCGGACCCGCGAGGUCCGCAGCCAGCACCGCCGCCGCGCUGGGAUCCAAGCUCCGACCGCCCUCAGACUUCGCCGUACCUCGCCCCCACGAUGUCGCUGACUCCUUCUUCUCCUCCCCCGGCUACCAGCCCUCGCUGAUGACCCCAGCUCCCUACACGCCUGCGGUGGCCGCGGGCAGCUCCGGUGCUGCUCCCGGCAGGGGGGCCGCGUCACAUGGCUCCCUGGGGUUCGCACCCGCGAGCGGCGCUGGGGAGACGCCGGGUAUUCCCUCGGAGGUGGUCAACAGUGUGGACAGCGGUGACAUCAACCGCAUCUUCCUGAACAGUGGCCAGCUGAACAGCGAGGCAAUUGUGCAGUUCGUCCGCGCGCUGACGGCCAUCAGCUCCGACGAGCUGCGCGACGCCCGGGCGCCCCGCGUCUUCUCGCUCACCAAAAUUGUGGAGGUGGCGCACUACAACAUGAUGCGGAUCAGGCUGGUGUGGAGCCGCAUCUGGGCGGUGCUGUCCGAGUACUUCAUCCAAGUGGGCUGCCACGCCAACCUGGCGCUCGCCAUGUACGCGGUGGACGCGCUGCGGCAGCUGGCCAUGAAGUUCCUGGAGCGGGACGAGCUGGCCAACUACACCUUCCAAAACGACUUCCUGCGGCCCUUCGUAGUGGUCAUGCGGCAGAGCCAGGCGGUCAAAAUCCGCGAGCUGAUCAUCUGCUGCCUGAGUCAGAUGAUCCUGGCGCGCGUGACCAACGUCAAGUCGGGCUGGAAGAGCAUGUUCAUGGUGUUCACCACUGCAGCUAACGACCGCGACCCCAUGAUUGUCAGGCUGGCCUUCGACACCAUCGAGAAGAUCGUUCGCGAGCACUUCACGCACAUCACGGAGACGGAGACCACCACCUUCACCGACUGUGUCAACUGCCUCAUCGCCUUCACCAACAACCCGCACUCGCUCGAUGUGGCGCUCAACUCCAUUGCCUUCCUGAGGUUCUGCGCCAUGAAGCUGGCGGAGGGCGCCAUCGGUGACGUCAACAUGCUGCCCGAGGGCACCCUGCCGCCACCCGCCGUACAACACCACCCACUGCGGGUCGUGGCGAUAGACGCCAACCCCGAACAGUCCUCCUCAUUCGGAACAAGAGGAGCGGCAGCAGGGGCAGGAGCAGGAGCAGGAGGAGACACGGGCAGCGCCGCCGCAAGCGGCGGCGCCGGCGGAGGCAGCGGCGGCUCCGCCGCCGCCUCUCGAUCCGCCGGCGCUGCCGGCCCAGACGAUGACGGGAUCCCGGAUUCCCUGAGUCGGGAAAGCUCCUCGGCAGAUGAUGCCUCAUUAAGAGAGAAGGAGCCCGGGAGAAGGCCGCCGGGUGAAGCAGGCGAGGGUGGUGGAUGUGGAGGUGGAGGUGGAGGGGCGCAGCUAGCAAAUGGAGUGGUGGGCGGGCGGCAGGGCGCCGGGGCGUCAGCGUUUGGGGCGACAGCGGCGCUGAAUAACGCUGCGGUGGCGGCGGGCACAUCGGUUUCAGGCGGUCGUCCAGGCGAGGUGGGGCGAGGAGCGGGCAUCUCCGCAGCGUCUGGCAGCCUGGGGCCACACCACUCGCAACAGCUCAAGCUGCGCUUCAUCGACCGGGACGAACACGUCUACUUUUGGUUUCCGCUGCUGGCGGGGCUGAGUGAGCUCACAUUCGACCCGCGGCAGGAAAUCCGCCACAGCGCUCUUGAGGUGCUGUUCGACAUCCUGCGCUUCCAUGGCGGCUCCUUCGCGCAGUCCUUUUGGGUGCGCAUCUUCGACUCGGUGCUGCUGCCCAUCUUCGACCACGUGCGCGCCGAGGUGACGGACACCACCACCUUCACCAGCGAGAAGCGCCGCCAGCAGGAGGAGCAGUGGCUGUACGAGACGUGCACGCGCUGCCUGCAACACCUGGUGGACCUGUUCGUGCAGUUCUACGACGAGGCCUUCACGCUGCUCUCGCGGCUGCUGGAGCUGCUGCGCGGCUUCAUGAACCGCUCGCACCAGUCGCUGGCGGCGGUGGGGGUGGCGGCGUUCGUGCGGCUGGCAGUAAACGCAGGUCCCAUCAUGAACGAGACCUGCUGGGAGGAGGUCAUCAGCGCCCUGCUAGGGCUGCUGGAGGAGACCUCACCCGACGUGCGCGAGCUCGUCACGCCGCCGCCCCGUCUAGUCGCCUCCCAGGGCCCCUCCCCCGCACCGCCGCAACCCCUCCUCUCCCCCGCCGCCCCGGUCAGCCCCCGUGCAGCCCACCCCGGCCCAUCCAGAACCAACAACGCCGCCGCUGCGGGCACUAGCUCCGAAAUCACACCGGCUUCCGCGUCUGGCUCGCCGCCGCAAGCCACCGCCUCCGCUGGCUCCGCUAGCUCCUCCUCCGUUAGCAACAGCGGCGGCAGCAGCAGCAGUCGUGCGUUCAGCCUGCGUGAGGGAGUGGGCGCGCGGCGGCUGGCCAAGUUCCGCUGCCAGGCCGCCACCCAGCUGCUGCUGGUGCAGGGCUGCAGCGAGGUGUACGCAAAGGCCUCGCAGUCCCUGCCGCCGGGUGCCGUACGGGGUCUGCUGGACUCGCUGGCCUUCAUGCACCGUCACGCGCAUGCCGCCGACACGGACCUGGACCUGCGGCGGCGGCUGGCGGUGCAGCAGGCGGAGGACAGGGUGGCGGAGGACAGGGCGGUGGCGGAUCCGCCGCUGCUGCGGUUGGAGGUGGAGGCGGCGGCGGCCUACCUGUCGGUGAACAUGGCGAUCACCUCCGCGGCGGGGCAGCCGGGCGCCAGUGCCGAUGUCACGGCGCUGGCCCGUCUCACCAACGCGCAGGAGCGGCUGGUGCAGCUGUGCCUCACCACGCUGGGCAGGUACACGCUGGGGGUACGACACGAACCCAGUGCAGCAGCUGCCGCGGCCGCGGCGGCGGCUGCAGCAGCAGCAGCCGAUGGCACGGCGGCGGCUGCGGCUUCGCCGCAGCAGCAGCGCGACCGCAACCGGUUGCUCAGCUUCCUGCCCGGUCGCGGCGGGGGCGGUGGAAGCGGAAGCGGAGCUGGCGGGCCUCCACCUCCGCCGCCGCCCAUGCCGCAACCCCGCUACAUCGUGGUGGGUCGUACAACCGGCGGAGCGCCCGUGCUGAUGGCGCCGCCGGCGGUGGAGUUCGCGUCCUUCUCGCCGCUGGCUCUUUCCAGUCUGGUUGCGCUUGGAGAGCUGGAGGAGGCGACCUUCCGACGGCAUUUGGCGGAGCUCUUCCCGUUGCUGACGCAGCUCAUUCGGGCGGACUAUGCGCCCGCGGAUGUGCACCGGGCGCUUUCGUCGCUGUUCGCGAAGCGGGUGCAGCCCAUGGUGCUUGCAGCGGCAGCAGCGAUGGGCGUGACGGGUCAGGAUACGGCGGCGGCGGCAGCAGCGCUAGGGCUGAUGGGACGAGCGGCUUAGGGGGAGGGUCCUUGUGUUUUUCCUUGUUUAGGGGUAUGUUAGGGAGCGGUGAAGGUCCUUAGCUUUAUUAUUAAAGAGUGACUUGAAGGUGUGUGGGUUAGCCUUGCUGUGGCUAGCGAUGCGUGCUGCAGAGUACAGUGUACAGGGUCGUUAUGGCUGUGUAGAUUUGCAGGACAGAGAGUGACGCCUUAUGGGCGACUACUGCCCUUACUUGGUUAGUGGCUUUCCUCAGCAGGCGUUGGCCUGUUCGGGACCUCAGGGGUAGGUGAGGCGGCCAUGCAUGCAUGGGGUCUGGGAAGCGCGUGUCGAGCUGUCAUUCGUACGGGUGGCGUGCGUGCAAGGUUACAUCUAGUGUCGAGUCCUUGGCAGCUUUGUAGCUGGGGUCGGCAUGCCUCACUUUAGCGUUUCAAGAGCGCCCGCCCAAUCCGAGUAUAGCCAGGGUAGGUUCGUUUGCUGAGCUGUGUUGUUGUGCCUUUGUACGAAGCUUGGGAUGGUGCGCAUGAGGCCUUGGGCAGCUGCAACUGGGAGACCUAGGUUCGCAGAUACUGCUGGGCCAAGUCAUGAGGGUUGUGCGCAAUUGUUCCAUGCAACGACGCCUUCAUGUCAUGCAUUUAUUCCGGAUUGCUGACCGGUGUAACCACAUGAAGGAAGUUGACU